AUGGAUGAGGACUUCGAUACUGAUGUCGAGGCGUUAAUCUCCGAUCUCUUCGGCAGAGAUGGAGGGGACGUGGGGGACGUAUGUGUCUUCGGGGGUGAAGCGAGCACGGACCCGGCGCCGAAGCUCCACCUCCCAGUUCCCCCGUCGCCGACUACCAGUACCGCUACCACCGCCCACGCCAAUCCCGAUACCUUCGGCGGUUUAUGCCUCCCCGCCCCCGCUACACCUAAAUAUUGCAACUGCCAACUCAUUCCGCAGUCCCUAUCAGACCUGCUGAACCUCAAUAGCCGCUUCAUCAUAGAUAGCACCACCGGCACCACUGCAGCCACAUGCCUCGCCUGUGGUCGGCCGGCGAAUCUCAUAGCCAUCCUCACCAGCAAAGUCACGCCCGCCGAGCCAAUCCCCGCCCGUAGUCAGCCAGCGACCAUUCCCGCGCUCCUUUCCCGCACCCUCACGCCCGCCAAGCAGACGCGGCAGCUAUCACCCCGCUCCGCGCGGCGGGCAGCCGUAGCCGCCGAAUCAGCAGCACUGCUAGGCCACCUGCCAGAAUUCCAACGUCUGCAAGCUGGUUCGGCCUCGCGGAGCGAGCGCGGGAAGGGUCGUCGUUCCGGGCGUAAUUCGCAACACCGGGUGGCGAAGCCAGCGUCUUCUUCCACACCCAAACGGGGCAAAACAGUGCCGGAAUUGUCGCCCCGCUCAGUCCGCCGCAUUAUUGCUGCGCAGGAGUUGAUAGAAAACGCUGCCGUAACGGCGGCGUCGGCGAGCGCGGCGCCGGGAGUAGUCCGCUCCCCGGCCUCGGCAUCGGCCGCAGCCGAAACCAUCUUCCCCCGCAACCCCCCCUUCACAUUCGAUCCCUCGUCGCCUCGGGGGAGGUCCGGCCGGGCCUUCGGUGCGGACGGCGUCGGCGGCGGCCCGGAAUUUUUCAAGGAAUGCUUUCCGCCCCGAUGGUUGAGUGCGCUGCAUACUGUGCGCAGUCGCCGGUGGAAGGAAUUGGAUGAGCGGGAUUUUGAGACGCUGCUUGAUGCGCUGGAGCUUAAAGAGGAGGAUGCCGAGUUAGGAAUGGGGAGGAGUGCAAGUGCGAGGUGGGAUGGGGCUAUGGGGGAUGUGGUAAGGGAUAAGGGGAAGGGAUAA